AGAGCUCUUUGCUUCCACCAUCAUUGGCUCUCAUGCCUUUGAAGCGAUGUCGAAUUCCACACUCGAAGCCUCUUUCUUUCUGCCUUGGGUAUCACCGCUGAAAACCCAGGACACAGGAUACGGGCAUGACCACCCGUCAUCAAAAUUCAUAAAUGUCAUGAGUACAAGGCUCCAUCAUGAUAGAGGCCUUACGAUCACCGCGUGGCGCCGGUACUAUGCUUGAAUAGCGUAUUUUCUCCCUUAAUGGUAUGCAAAUGUGUAUAGAUGUACCCUCGACGAGGUUCCGAUGUUGAGCAGGUGCUGUCAUUCUCUAUUUUCCUCGGUCCCUUUUCGUAGGGAAAUAUCUGGAAAUACACGCAGCGGCAAACUACAACGUAAGGCCAUACGAGGCCAAGGGAAUUUCGUCGGUCAAGUGAUAUAUACGUCGGUUGGACCCUAGUCGAAUUAUGCUAGCCAAGCCUUUGGUCCAUGUUAUAAACGCACCGUCUGCCACUGCAAUCUUUGUGCUCCUCGGGUACGAAACGUUCAGUCCAUUUUCAUAGUCAUGUUAGGUGCCUUUGUGCUCGCUGUUUCCGCCUCUGUCUUGCUCGAGGCAUCGCAUGUCGCAGCCAUGCCUUCAGAUAACACUCUGAAGGCAAGGCAGGCCACGGACAACAUUGUAUAUGUGACUGACUCGAGCACUUAUUGCAUGAUCAUGCCUCGUGAUCCCCACACCAACAUAGGAGACAGUGAACACCCAGGAGGCAUGCAGACAUACUGCUCUUCAGCUGGCCACUACUCCGCCGACCAGGGUGAAAUACCUGCUGGCUUCUGGAGCAACGUUUCGUUCCAGAGCGGUACUGGAGUCAGCGGAGGCCGUUAUGCACAGUUGACCGGUUGCAUUGUACCAAGCCUCCUUGAUCGUCUAAAUCCUAACGAUGCUGGCGGUCAAUAUGAUUCCAGCGGCGGGGUGAACGGUCAAGGAAACCCUCAGGGAAGUGCAUGCCUUGGCUACAACCACUAUGUGGAGCUAGUUGAACCUGCUGGGCCUCGCGCCUGCAUCAAGUGCUGCGAUGAUCCUGCUGAUUGCCCCACCAAUAAAGACACUGACGGAUGCCCCAAUGUCAUCCCUGGAAACUACUUUAAUUGCGACUAACGAACUCACUACUUAGUAGUACUUGUCGGGAUAUGGGACUGGGGGCUUGGACUUGGACUUGGACCUCACGAUAUAAUGUAAUUAAAGGCUUUAUCCUUGUUUGAUUUUGGUACAACGAAUGUCUUUGAUCUAAUCUACAUAUAUGUCGGUUGUCAUUUGAUCAUGGAAAGCAACGUCAAUAUCCAGCCCUCCAGCACAAGAAUACAUGCUCAAGAUUAUCUAUGCCAACCUUUGCGAUUUAUUCUCAUAACCCUCCCACUUACCCAGGUCAUCGCCGACAUCCAGCAUGCGAGUCCCAUAAAACAUAUGAGCGGUCGGCUUCGCAAUAUCCCAAUUCUUGAUCUUCCCUUCCUCAUUUCUCUCAAGUAGUGCACCCCACACACUGAAACGAUUUACUUUGGAGUUGUAAGAUGUGACAGUUACACCACAUUUCUUGCACCUGUAGCGUCGUUUAUGUGGCUUCAGGGGGUUGUCAUAAAAAUCAAGAUGGUCUGCAUGCGGCUCCGAAUGUGUCCAUACAAAAUCUUUUUCCUCAAAGUGCAUUGAAUGCACGAACGGACUGGCAGUGAAACGCUGACACUGCGAGCAGUGACAAUACGCACUGAGAACGGGCGGAGUAAAGACGGAAUACGAGACAUUUCCACAGAAACAGGAUCCUUUGAGCACAUGAUUGCUAGAGCCCGUCAUGGCGCCGUGGUGAGUGGUCGACAUUGCCCCUGAAGCGACGGUCCUUUUGCCAGAACUUGGUGCAGGUAGUGCGCAGUUAAGGAAAUCCUAUGUCAACCAGCUUAUGGUAGUCGAUAUCAAAUUAGAAAGUCAGUGUAAACGAUAGCAAUAUCAAGGCCUGAUCUACAUUUGCUGGAUAACUGUAGAGUCCAAGUCAAGGGU